AAUGGUUCUCAUAAUAUCCUGUUGUGGGGACUGACGUGUAAGGCUUAUGUGAGAAUUCAACUGUUUUCUGCCACUUUGGGGUUUCUGUGCAGUGACUGUGAAGGCAUCUGUAAUUCCAUGCUGCAAGUGAGUUCUCAGCAAGGCAGUGAUGGAUCUUUGUGACCCUGAGGAGCAGUUCCUGCAGUGUGCCAGGAGUGGAGACAUUUCAGGGAUUCUGAGGUUACUACUGGCCAAAAUAAAGGAGGGAAUUGUUCUUAACAUCAACUGCAGAGGUAAAAACAAGGCGAAUUUGGGAUGGACAGCUCUUCAUCUGGCCUCCUACUUUGGACACAGGGAAGUGGUGGAGGAGCUGCUCAAGGCGGGAGCUGAUGUGAAUCUGGCCAAUGAAGAGGGAGACACCGCUCUGCACAAGGCUGCACUCACUGAGAGAAAGGAAAUUGUGUUGCUGCUUUUGCGAUACGACUCACGGCCGUCUGCCAUCAAUGGAACAGGCCGAAUCCCCAGAGACUGUACACGAGACGACGAGAUAAUAACAAUGUUAGAUGCCGCGGAGAGGAGAGAGCAGCGGAGAGCCGAGGAGAAGCUCCUGAGCGCAGCCAGAGAGGGGGACGCCCUGGCCGUGGCCCAGCUGCUUGCCAGAAAGCCGUCCCUAGACAUACACUGCAAAGAUGUGCUGGGAAACACCCCCUUACACUGCGCUGUCUACAGAGGCCAGGAACGCUGCGUUCUCCAACUGCUCAGGAGCGGAGCGUCUCCCAGCAUCAGGAACCGGAACGACAAGUCUGUAUUUGACUUGGCAAACAGUACUGAGAUGAAGAAAAUACUGGAAGGAAAUCCUGAGAAGGGUCUGGGUCAGACUGUUCAGAUGUUUGAGGGAUCUCUUUGGAAGAGGUCCCGGUUUAGAGGCUGGCGGUCACACUGGGUGGUGCUUAUGGAAGGAUCUCUGUCCUGGUAUCCUAAACGGUCAGACUCCGCCGCUGACAUCCACAGGCAGGGCUGCAAAAACCUUACAGAGGCUCAAUGCAUGGUAAAAGCUUGGGACAGCUGCUGCUUUACCCUUGCAUGCUUUGAUGGCAGUGUCCAUCAUUUUAAAGUGUCCCCAAGAAAUGAUCCGGGAACUACAAGAAAGAAAUGGCUGGAAGCCCUGGAGGAACACUCCACCUACAGCACACAGUACUGCUCCCAGGACCCUGGCAGAGUGGAGGGAGAGGGGCAGGAACAGGAUGUGAUGUCAUUGAGUCAUCUGACAGACAGUUUGCAGAUCGCUGAAGCCAGUCAGCAGAAGCUGGAGACCCAGGUGUCCACCCUGCUCUCCAUGGCAAAGAACAGCGAGGCAGAGAGUCUGUCUGCUCCCAUUCUCCUCAAAGUGAAGGAGGUGAGGGAGCUCUCUGGUGAGACCUGCGCCUCCCUGCGGUCCUGCCUGGAACUCCUCUCGCAACAUGAGGAGGUGUGGAGCCUGAAACUAGAACAGGAAGUAGAAAAAAACAAGAUCCUGUCCGAGGCCCUGCAGACCCUCGCCACUGAGCACCACAGCCUCAAGCAGUCCCUCUCCAGGACCAGGUCCCUGCCCCAGGGCACGUUCCCUGAAUACGAGUUUUACGACGCUUAUUCUGACUCAGACUCGGAGCACUCCUUGAGCGGCUUCCUGUCCGUCACCGGCCACUCGCUGGAAGAAGAGAGCGUCUGGCACAACGGAGGCAACCCCGGCGACCCCACCGCCAUGUCCGAGGGUAACCACGGCAACGAGAAGUCCCAGUGCAACGGGACGAAGAAGCGCAGGACAUGCUUACCGGCCCCCAUGUUUUCCCGGAAUGACUUCAGCAUCUGGAGCAUUCUGAAGAAGUGCAUUGGCAUGGAGCUCUCCAAGAUCGCCAUGCCGGUUGUCUUCAACGAGCCGCUAAGCUUCCUGCAGCGGCUGACUGAGUAUAUGGAGCACACGUACCUGAUCCACCAGGCCAACAGCUCCUCAGACUCCGCGGAGAGGAUGAAGUGUGUGGCAGCCUUCGCCGUCUCUGCCGUGGCCUCGCAGUGGGAACGCACUGGGAAGCCCUUCAACCCGCUACUGGGAGAGACCUAUGAGCUGGUCAGGGAGGACCUGGGUUUCAGGCUGAUGUCGGAACAGGUCAGCCACCACCCGCCUGUCAGCGCCUUCCAAGCGGAGGGCCUGAAUAAGGACUUUGUGUUCCACGGGUCCAUCUACCCCAAGCUCAAGUUCUGGGGGAAGAGCGUGGAGGCGGAGCCUAAAGGAAUCAUCACCCUGGAGCUGCCCAAGCACAAUGAAGCCUACACAUGGACAAAUCCUAUCUGCUGCGUGCACAACAUCAUCGUGGGUCAGCUGUGGAUCGAGCAAUACGGAAACGUGGAAGUAAUCAACCACAAAACUGGAGAAAGAUGUUGCCUGACUUUCAAACCUUGUGGCCUUUUUGGGAAGGAACUGCACAAAGUGGAAGGCUACAUACUUGAUAAAAGUAAAAAGAAGCUCUGCGCCCUUUAUGGGAAGUGGACAGAGUGUCUGUACACCGUGGACCCGGCCAGCUUUGACGCUCACAAGAAGACGGACAGGAAGAACCCAGAGGAGAAGAAGAGUACCAAACCAGCCGCCCCAGACGAGGAGGCAGAGGACAUGCCCCCUCCAGAGGCGGAGACGGUCCAGGUGAUCCCGGGCAGUGAGCUCCUCUGGAGGAUAGCACCCCGCCCGGAGAACUACGCAGAGAUGUACGCCUUCUCCACGUUCGCCAUGCAGCUGAAUGAGCUGGACGAGGAGAUGGAAGGAGUUAUUCCCAAAACAGACUGCCGGCUAAGGCCGGACAUCCGUGCAAUGGAGAAUGGCGAUAUAGACCUGGCAAGCGAGGAGAAGAAGAGGUUAGAGGAAAAGCAGAGAGCUUCACGGAAGAACCGCUCCAAAUCUGAUGAGGACUGGAAGACCAGAAAUCCUGCUCCCUGCUGCAGAUGGUUUAACCAGGGACCCAACCCUCACAAUGGCUCCCAGGACUGGCUCUAUACCGGAGGGUACUGGGACCGGAAUUACUCCACCCUGCCGGACAUCUAUUAACGCACAAGGGGACACACCCACACAAGUCCGUGGGCAUCCACCUAAACAAAUAUUUUAAACUCCUUUUUAAAAACCAUGGUGUAGCUUUGCUCCCCAUUUGGGCUGACCAAAUGAGGUAUGAGUCCAGGAUACAGUUAGCUGUGUUAUUAAAUUACAUGUAUGUGUAUAGGCUGUUAUCCUAGCAGGCAGAAUUAUCCAGGACGUAGCUCUGUUAGCAUUAGCAUCCUUAUUCUGCUAGUCUCUUUAUACUGCUGACUGUUCAUAUGACCGCAUAUAUUUAUAUGCAACAGCAAGGUCCCUCUCAGGAUUUGACUUGGCAACCUUCCGGUUACAAAGUCACUUUAAUUUGGAUCAUUACGACAUGGAACACAGCAGUGACAGUAGCCUAUUUUAGAAAGCAACCAUUAAAGCAAGCUACACCAUGCUAAAGGGCAUUGUUCCAACUUAUAGCACCAGAAAAAUUGUGGACAUUUGAUUCUUCACUCCUCUGUACUUGAUGGAAGAAUUCACACCUGGUUAACAGGAAGUUAAGGUUUGAGAGUUGAAUGUGACGUUGUGUUUCUUCCACUAAAGUCUUGCUUCAGGAAUGAAGAAGCCAUUUAUAUGACCUCUGACAAAACUAUUUAUGAGAAUGUACAGCUGUUUUGUGUAAAAAAAAAUAGACUACUUUAGUUUGUUAGUAGUAGUAGUAAACUGAGUCAUAUAAUACAGUGCUGCCCUGUCAUAGUGCAGUCCAAAACAACUUCAGGAAUUACACAACCUUUAUUCCUUAAGGGACAGGUGCAGGAUGUUUUCUGUGAGCAGAGUUUC